UGGUCACCAUUCUUCUAUCAUUGUAAACUUCAAGAAUCCUACAUUUGAAGAAGUUGUGGUAGAUAUCAUUUUAACAGAUCGAGAUCACAUCACAGAUUAUCAUCAUGCAGCUCCAUGCCACCAUUCCCAUAAAGACAGUAUUUUCUGGCUUCCACUCAAGGAAAAACAAGUUAAGAAGGUACAUGGAGAAAACUGGACUUAUGAUGACACAUUUGAAUUAAGGGAAGUAGUAAACAGCCAAACUGUAAUAAUAAAGGAUGAAGAACUUAAAGGACUCCGUUGGAUCUACCCAAUUUGUGGAAUUCCUGAAGCUCCGCCUGAUGAAUCAGCUCCAGCUGUUAUAUGCUGCCGUGCCUGCAGUAGAUUGGAGGAAAAGAUAGAAGUACUAUUAACUGGUGUGGUUCUUGGGACAACUGGUUCACAAAUACUCCAAGAUACUGCAAUGUUAACUCUUUCUCAGAGCAAGUCAUCUCCAAUUCAUGAUGAAGUUCAAGUUACUGAUGGAUUCUCCACAACAGAUGACUUUAUCUAUGAAAUUCAAUUUGAAUCUGAAAGAAUGAAUUCUCAGCUGAAAUCUGCAAUAGCUAUAAACUUGAUAAAGAAACAGCGAGAUCUGAAAAGUGGAAUUGUGACCUUGAUCUUUAAUAUAAUAUUUACACCCUACAAACCAACAAGGAAUCCAGCAGCUUUGGUGGUACAGCAUAGCACAGGAGGCAUUUGGAAAUUUCCAAUAUUGUUUGUUGCCACAAAUCCAGAAGUAGAUGAUGUUAUUGAUAUUGAAGCAAUUGGUUUAAAUAAGGAAUCUGUAGUCAGCUUUAAGCUUACAAGCCAGACAAGGUACCCAGAGCCUUACACAGCAUACUUUCUACCAGGCAGUGAUCCUGAAUUCACUGUAUCUCCUCAAGCUGGAGAGCUUCUUCCACUUGACACAGCAGGAACCUAUAUUACUGUUGGAUUCAAGCCCAGUAUGUACAGCAAAAAACACAAAGCAACUCUGGUAAUACAGACUGCAGCAAUCCAAUGGAUGUAUGAAAUUAAUGGUCUACUCCCAAAGACUAUCCCACCCACUUCUUCAGCAAAAGUAAUUUGUAGGAAUACGUACAUGAGAUCAGCAACAGUGCGACAGCACAAUUUUGUACGGGAAAAUAUGAAAAUCUUAUCUACCAGUGUGUCCUCCCCAAUUAAAGGGGCACCUCUCAUUUUAAGAACAAAAUAA